GAUAGAGAGAGAGAAGGGUUGGGGAGGGCAGACCCAGCAACCAGGGCCGUGUUAAACACAGACAGACAGCAAGCCAUGGACCCCGAAGUCCCAGAGAAAACGCAGCAGCAGCAGCAGCAGCCCGGGGAGUGCUGGCGGUUCUCUGUCCUGUACCUGUGCUUUUAUGGGUUCAUGGUUCAGAUUAAACCAGCGGAAAGCUUCAUCACCCCUUACCUACUGGGUCCGGACAAAAACUUCACCAGGGAACAGCUCACCAAUGAGAUCACGCCCGUGCUGUCGUACGCGUACAUGUCGGUGUUGGUGCCUGUCUUCCUGCUGACGGACUACCUGCGCUAUAAGCCGGUGCUGAUCCUACAGAGCCUCAGUCACGUGGCCAUCUGGCUCUUGCUGCUCUUUGGGACCACCGUGCUGCAGAUGCAGUUCAUGGAGUUCUUCUACGGCAUCACCAUGGCCGCUCGGGUGGCCUACUCCUCGUACAUCUUCACCCUGGUCAGCCCGCAGUCCUACCAGAAGGUGGCGAGCUACUCUCGUUCUUCCGUGCUCAUGGGGGUCUUUGUCAGCUCGGUGCUGGGCCAGCUGUUUGUCACCCUGGGUGACGUGCCCUUCCUCACCCUGAACUACAUCUCCCUCGGCUUUGUCACCUUCGCCUUCACCCUGACCCUGUUCCUCAAGAGGCCGAAGAGGACCAUGUUCUUCAACAGGCGGCACGCGCUGACGGCCAAUGGCACGCUGCACUCCGAGGGCGAGGCAGUCAACGCCACCUCCGUCUCGCUGGUGGCCGAGAAACAGAAGGCCCCCCGAGGCUGGCAGUGGCGGGAAAUGGCGCUGGUCAAGAUGAUCCUGGAGCUCAAAGAUACGGUCCGAUCACCGCAGUUGAAGCUGUGGUCUCUGUGGUGGAUCUUUAACUCGACCGGUUAUUACCUGGUGGUUUACUACGUGCAGAUCCUGUGGGAUAAUAUUCACCCGUCCAGGGAAAACCGAGGUGUCUACAACGGUGGUGUGGAUGCAGCCGCAACCCUGUUAGGUGCCAUUGCGUCUUUCUCAGCCGGGCACGUCAAGUUGCGGUGGUCGUUGUGGGCGGAGCUGGUGAUUUUCGUCAUCACGGCGCUGCAGGCCGGCCUCCUCUUCCUGAUGAACUCCACCACCAACAUCUGGGUCUGCUACGUGGGCUUUGUCCUGUUCAGGAGCAGCCACCAACUCUUGGUUCCCAUAGCGAUUUUUCAGAUCGCCACGUCGUUGUCUAAGGAGCUCUGUGCACUGGUGUUUGGUAUCAACACGUUUUUGGCCACCAUCUUGAAAACCAUCAUCACGCUGAUCAUCGCUGACAAACGGGGCCUAGGAUUGCAUGUGAACAACCAGUUCUAUUUCUACAUUGGCCACUUCUCGCUGUUGGCCAGCAUCUACCUGGGGAGAGGACUGUACGUCUUAGCCAGGCACCAGCGGGAGUUGAAGGCCCGAGGCCUGCAGAAGGAGGGCGAGGCCAACAACGGUCCAGUGACUGAGAUGAAUGGGACGGGAGGAUGCACCCACCCUGCCUGCUCGAGGGCCUGAGAGCGAGACGCAGAGCGCGAGGGGGCCAGGGCUGCAGGAGGGAUCGGGAUAUCCCUGCUCCCCUCCCCACCCCCCCACCUCAACUCUCAAUCUCACGGGGGUGUGUGAAAAUGUUUGUGAGUGCUCGUUUUGUUUUGCUGUUUGUUUGUUUGUUUAAGUAGCGUUGGAGCGAUCGAAUGCAAUGAGACGGCAGUGAGGCCACGUUCCCAGUAUCGUGGGUCCUCCUCGUCUCCGAGGGGGCUAGCCCCUGCCAACCCCCUUUUCUUGAGCGUGCCCAGAAGAAUCCCAAGGUGCAGUUGUCUGCGACCAGCUAGACUGUACCCACGCAAAAGGUCGGGCAGCAUUGUCCUCCCUCCCAGCAACACUUCAGGAAAUGGACUGAGCUGAACAUUUGCUGGCCCCUCCUCCUCCUCCUCCUCCUCGCCAAUGCAGCGUCUACAUGGACCUGGGCACGAAUGCCAAGCUUGGCCUACCAACAUGGAGCCACACUCUCCAGCCUUUGAACUGGUGCUAAUGUAACACGUGACCUUCUUGCGAGUCGGCGUGGCAUUGAAAGGAGGUAGGCAUGUGGCUCACCGGACCUGUGCCCUGAUUGGCCAAGGACCUUUUGCUUGGGGAAGUGCGUGAAAUGACCGGCUCAGGUGCCAGGGUGAGCGUCCAGGCUGCAGAGGCGGGGAGGACACAGUGUCAAAUUGUGAUUUAACCCUCAUGCACUUCCACUGCCAACUUGAAGAAUUGGGGGAAGAGACUUGGGGUUUACAUUACAACCCACUUGACUAUGAAAUACUAUUUCAAUCACUUCAAAAUUAUGCACUUUAAUUUUUGAGGAGGGGUGGUUUGGGAGACAAAAAAAAUUAACUCUGUUUAACUCUUUUUAAUAACACUAGUACAUCAUGACAUUGCUAGUUUGGUCCUCUAUAUAUUGACUUGAUUGCCGUUGGCCUAACUGAUUGACACACGCAUGUGGGCGGUCAUCAUGUUUGGCGUUGGUGUAGUAAUCACCAACCCAUUGACCAUUGGGCAUGGGUCUGAUGUAAUGGACCCAACGCUUGCCUUUAUCCAUGACCCACAGAACCUUCACCAGCAGACCCGAAAGGUUUUGCCCUUGGCAAUGUUGGCAUCAGACCAUUUCUCCAAACCAGUGUUCCUGCCUUAAUUAUUACGGAAGUGGAAGAGAGGAUCGUUUGUAAAAUCGCGCAAAUCUUUUGAUGCACACGCCAAAACUAGCUCCAUUUGCACAACUGAUGAGAAUGAAGCUUGAACUGAUUUGACCAUAGUCUUCCUGAUGUAGUAUUUUAUACGUAAUCGAUAAACAGCACUCGAGUUUUUGAAAAAAAAAAGAUUUUUUUUCAACAUAAUGGAUAGGGUUGAUCGAUAAUAGCAUGGGGUUCUGAUUCCCGAUAGCACAAAGGGAGGUUAGUGAAGAUUCGAGCACCUCAACGUCACAUCCCCUCGUGUAAAAGUAAGAUACUCGCAGUGGCUUCUUCAGCACUUUUCAUUUCCUCAGUGCCUUUUUAAAAUAAAAAAUCCGCCAAUGGUUUGAGGGAAUGUUCCAGAGCUGAGGUUUAGGACCACGUUGAGGAUUGGGCGGGAGCGGCAGAAAUUGGGCCUUAUUUUGAAGAGUUGUGUCUCCACCCCCGAGGCCCCCAGCCUCAUUCCUGAUGGAGGGCUCGGGAAGGGAAGCAACCAUCCUCUCCCCCUAAUCUACGUCUGACUCCAGACCCACAACAUCGUGGUUCACUUUUAACUGAAAAGCCUCUUGGUUAUGUGGGAAAUUGCAUUUCUUUUUUCAAUGAGAAAGGCACAGAUCUGUUGUUUGAUGUCUGCGAGCUCACUUAGAGGGAAUGAUUUUAAUUUGAGUGACAUGGUCGUGUUCCUUGCUUGCACUUUAUCAAGGGCCUGUGUCGACUUUUGAAGAAAAUCCGGCUGAUUUGCUCACGCUCUCUUUUUUAAAAAGCUCAUAUUCCAGAUCCCGUCGGUGUGUAAAACAUUUUCCCGUUGAAGUGUUUCAUAUCCAUCACGUUGAAAGUGUUCUAUGCAUUCUGCUGCCAAGCUUAAUGCUGCCCCUUCUAACAAGAUGCAUUGAUAGUCUAAACCUCAUUGAUCAUUGGUGGAAGGCAGGUGCCAGUUGCGCCCCCUGGUGGUUAGUGGAUGAUACAGGAAUGCCCUGGUGGUUGUGAGCUGGAGUAGAUGCGAGGAUGUAUCUUCAGGGUGGUGUUUUUCAUCCAAUUCCAGUAUUUAUUGAGGCCUUACUGAGGCUUCGGGUAAAAAAUGAGGUCUGCAGAUGCUGGAGAU